AUGCUUAAAUUUUAUCAAAUGAAGCAUAUUUUUGAAAUACUAGAUAAAAUGAGAUGCCUGCGAAAACGUUCCACAGUGUCAUUCUUGGGAGUUCUUGUCAUUUUCCUUCUCUUUAUGAACUUGUACAUUGAAGACAGCUAUGUUCUGGAAGGAGACAAACAACUUAUAAGAGAAACAUCCACACAUCAACUGAAUUCAGAUCGCUAUGUGCAUACUUUCAAAGAUUUAUCUAAUUUCUCAGGAGCCAUCAAUGUCACCUAUCGCUACUUAGCUGCCACACCUUUACAAAGAAAGCGGUUUCUUACAAUUGGACUGUCGUCAGUGAAAAGAAAAAAAGGAAACUAUUUACUUGAGACAAUCAAGUCAAUUUUUGAGCAGUCUAGCUACGAAGAGCUGAAGGAAAUUUCAGUGGUGGUUCAUCUUGCAGACUUUAAUUCAUCUUGGCGUGAGGUCAUAGUCCAGGAUAUUACACAGAAAUUUGCCCACCAUAUUAUUGCAGGAAGACUAAUAGUUAUACAUGCUCCAGAGGAAUAUUACCCAAUCCUGGAUGGCCUUAAAAGAAAUUACAAUGAUCCAGAAGACAGAGUCAGAUUUCGUUCCAAGCAAAAUGUAGAUUAUGCUUUUCUGCUUAAUUUUUGUGCCAAUACUUCAGACUAUUAUGUAAUGCUUGAAGAUGAUGUUCGAUGUUCAAAAAAUUUCUUAACUGCCAUCAAGAAAGUCAUUACAUCCCUAGAAGGAACCUACUGGGUAACUCUUGAGUUCUCUAAGCUUGGCUACAUUGGAAAACUUUAUCAUUCUCAUGAUCUCCCACGUUUGGCACACUUUUUAUUGAUGUUUUAUCAAGAAAUGCCUUGUGAUUGGCUAUUGACUCAUUUUCGGGGUCUUUUAGCUCAGAAAAAUGUGAUCCGUUUUAAACCAUCUCUCUUUCAGCACAUGGGUUAUUAUUCAUCAUAUAAAGGGACUGAAAAUAAGCUGAAGGAUGAUGAUUUUGAAGAAGAGUCAUUUGACAUCCCUGAUAACCCUCCUGCAAAUCUAUAUACCAACAUGAAUGUUUUUGAAAAUUAUGAAGCAAGCAAGGCUUAUAGUAGUGUUGACGAGUACUUUUGGGGAAAACCACCUUCAGCAGGAGACGUCUUUGUGAUUAUAUUUGAAAAUCCAAUUUUAAUUAAAAAAAUUAAAGUGAGUACUGGAACAGAAGAUAGGCAAAAUGACAUUUUGCAUCAUGGAGCCCUAGAUGUUGGGGAAAAUGUUAUAGAUUUCAAGCAAAGUAGACAAUGUGUUACAUACUUACGACUAGGGGAAUUCAAAAAUGGAAACUUUGAGAUCUCCGAGGUGAAUCAAAAAAUUCCAUUUGAUAUCCAUUGUAUAAGGAUAUAUGUAACCAAAACACAAAAGGAAUGGCUGAUUAUUAGGAGUAUUAGCAUUUGGACUUUUUAGCCAAUUAAAUCGAGAUGUCCAGUUACUAAA